AUAUAUUUAACCCUUUUAGGUGUAGAUACAAUUCAAAGUGUGACUGAAAAAAAAAUGGAGUUUUUGAGCUUUACAAAAACAAUGAUGAUGAUGAUUAUGAUGAUAGCUAUGAUGUGUAGCAUGGCAAAAUCUGAGCUUAUUAAUGUUGGAGGUGGAAAAUAUGGAUGGGUACCUGGUAACAAUUUGACACAAUGGGCUUUGAAUCAGCACUUUUAUGUUAAUGAAUGGCUAUACUUUGGAUAUGAUAGGCACCUUUUCAAUGUGCUGGAGGUGAACAAGACUAGCUAUGAAAACUGCAUAGACCAAGGAUUCAUUAAGAACGUAACAGGUGGCGCCGGACGAGACGUUUUUCAGUUGACCGAGGCCAAAACCUAUUACUUUUUAAGUGGUGGAGGUUUCUGUUCGCAAGGGAUGAAAGUUGCAGUUCCUGUUACUGAAUAUGUUGCACCAGCUCCUGCACCUGCUGCCCACAAAAGUGGUGCUGCUUCAUAUGCUUCUAACUUCCAAAUCUACCAUGCACUUGUUGUGCUCAUCUUAAUCUCUAUGUGCACCAGCAUUUUGGGAUAAUUUCAGCUAUCAGAAUUGGCAGAAAGUAAAUUUAUCAUAGUAUUAACUGUUAUUUUGUUGGUUAUCUGUUUUAUAUGUAAUGGUUGGCUGAACUUUGGUUGGCUGAACUAGAGGUUAUUGUCAUCCAUUAUUACUUUAUGAAAAUUAUAAGAAGGGGUAAUGUUAUUUAGUUUAUGCACCAUGAAUUUAUUGAUUUUGUUUUGUAGCAAAUCAACAAUUUUAUACAAUGUGCAAUCAGACAAUAAA